AUUACCUCCUUCUCUUCGCCACCGCCAUGUCCUACUCGCGAUCCCGUGGAUACGACUCUAACCGUCGUGUCUGUCUCGUCCCUCUUCCCACCCAUCUCCUCCCGACAUGGCUCACCUCCCUCUUCUCGAAGCGCACACUAGGCAUCUACCUCUCCGGGGCUCUCUUCGCCAUCGGUUGGUGGACUUUCCUCGACGCAGUCAUCCUGUCGUCCAUCUCUGCUCGCCCUCCUCCAGGCGUAGGACGCGGUGAGCCAUGGGACGGGAAACCGGAGGUAGUCGUCUCCUUCGCAGACUGGAUCCCUGGGAUUUGCGGGACGCUGGGGAUGAUAGUGGUAAAUCUGAUUGAUAAGAGCUUGCUUGCAGAAGCAGGCCUUGGUGGGGCAUUGUUCGGUGGCGGCGGUGGUGGGGGAGGGGGAGCAUUUGCGGGUGACGCGACUAUGUGGCGGGCUAAGCUGUUCCUCUUCAUUGGAUUUGCCCUCAUGGCUGGCGGUUUGGCAGGGAGCAUCACGGUGUUGGUCGUCAAGUACCUCGUGCCUGGCUACCCGGAGUACUACGGUGUCGCGAACGUCGCGCAGAACACGGCCCUCAUGCUCUCGACCAUCUCGCUUUGGAUUGCACAGCAGACGGAGGGGGAGUACGACUACAACCUUACGAUCUAGAAUGCAUUUGCGUCGAGCACGAUAGCACAUGCUCUUGAACGCCGGUGAAGUUCAGAAUGAGACGCGACGACGGCGAGGACAUUGCCGGAUCGAUGAGGCUAGGCGCCCUGACGUGCUGUGCCUCGCUCUUGUCGUUGAUACUGCGGCUUCUCUCCCUGGCUAUGAUGUCGCUGAGCUGCAGAGCGGCUGAUCAUUGAUCCCAGAUGGACGCCAUGGCGAGUCGUAUACGGGUGAUGGUAGGGAUGCAGUUUGCCGCUUGACCGCUCGCUGGCAAUCAACGAGCUCAUCACUCACACCGCUUGGAGAUCGAGCGCGAUGCUCACACGACUGCUGGAAGCUAGCUGUAUUUGAUGGUAUUACAUUGGCGGUUGAAGCCCCAAUA